UGUUUUCUUGUGAUUUUCUCUGUUUUGUUCUGAUUUCGGGCUUAUCCGUCGACGAGCGAUUUUCGCGUUUUUCCCCUUUCUCGAUUGAUAUUCUGGUGUUUCCCUUUCGGGCGGAUUGAAGUCCGAUGAUAAGAUUUGUUCAAUGUCGAUUAUUUCACCUGAUUUUUAUAGAUUCUGUUGCAAUGGAUUGAAAUCUGUUUGAGGUUGAAUUAUAGGGUAAUUUGGAGGGACGUGGCCUCCGAUACCGAUUUUACGACCCGGUAUUAGUUUAUAGGGAGGAAUGUUUUUUGUAAUUUCAAUUUGUUAGUAGGUCAGGACCAGCGCAUUGUGGAAAAUUAAUGUUCUUUCUCCGAUUUGACCGUCUGUACUACAGAAAGAGAAGCACCCUGUGAUUUUCUACGGAAUUAUUUGACGAAUUAGUAUCAAAUUUUCUAAUGUGAAAACAUUAAAUUGAUUUGUUUGAAGUACGAGGGGUGAUUUUCUAUUGAAUUACUUUAUUUUUUGAGACCCGUUUCCAAAUUCUCAUACAGAGUUUGAAAAUCAACGGGGGGGUUUUUUCCUGACCAAGUCAGCGUGGGAUUAUGACUUGUCGUGCGAAACGUGCGUCGUUUAUCUGCCGUUCUUGUAGGGCUUGAAUAGAUUCAUCUUUUUUGAGUUUGAGGUUAGCGUAGUCGAUCCGGAUGGUUCUUGCACUGUUUAUCAAAUUAAUUUGUUUACUUAGAUUGGAAAUUAAUCGGUAUGUUUGUUGUCUGGUCCACUUUUUCAUUCUUCUCAACAUUUGUUAUGGACGGCAACGCAUAAGUUACACAUCCUUAUCAAUGGUCUCUUCUUUGUGGGGCUUCUGGUUUUUCUGGAGUUGUGUCGCUAUCCUCACCGAGUUCUUUGGCUGGAGUCACAACACGUGGCGUCAACUAAUUCUUUUUCCUUUUUCUCUUUUUGGGGAUGUUCCCAAUUCCUAGUUUAAAAAUGUAAUGCAAUUUAAUCGUAACACUUGGAGACGUUCCUUUUCCUGUUUCAGGAACGUGCGUGGGUGGGAACGGGAAGAGGGCUUGACCAAACCCACCAUUUUCAAGGAAACUUCUUGGACGGUUUGGUUCGAGGAUAAACAUAAGAUCCGGCUGUCAAAGUAGGUGACAGCCUGAUUUUCUUGAACAGUUUCAAAGAUCUAUUCGAAGAUCCUUUUUCUUCAGGUGAUCUCAUAGAAAGGCCCCGCUUUCUGGGUCGUCUACAUCUUAGAUUGCUCGACCGUUGGUUUUUGCUUAAUGUUCUUUCAGAGUUAUCUGCGAUUGGCAUGAGAUAUUUUGAUUUGUGUUUUAGAUAUGGGUUCCUUGUCCGGAAUCCUUCAACGACCAUUCAUUGCUGUAACUGCUGUGGCCGUUGCUUCUAUUUCCUCUGACUUUUCAGAUAAGUUACCAUCUCAGAGACCAACAGAGGCUGCUUCUUCUUCUUCUUUUUCAGAUUUAUCCCAUAAUUCAACUUUAGAUUUCUUAAAGGAAUCAAGGACGUCAUUUGCUUUUGUUUCAAAGCUUGAAAACUUAUCAUUUGUCACCAAAAUUCAUGCACCUGUCCUUAAGUUUAGCUUUCCGAUUCCAACUACCAGUUGCGACUAUGUUAGAAACUUGCACGCGUCUUUGGUGUCUUCCACCGUUCUCUCUAAUUUAUAUCAGUCAGCUGCAUUGACCAAGGCAUCAAAACAGGUUGCACCUUCACCUAAAUUUUCUUCCCCACCUUCUGAGGUUAUGUACAGAUGGCAUUUACCAGAGCCAACUUCUUUAGAUAUUAGCGGUAGUUCUGCUUGUUCCGUGGCAAAAUCUAGGACGGUGGUGGUUUUAUUAGGAUGGUUGGGAGCAAAGCAGAAACAUUUAAAGAGAUACGCCGAAUGGUAUACUUCAAGGGGUUUUCAUGCCAUUACCUUUACUUUUCCAAUGGCUGAGAUACUCACGUAUCAACUUGAUGGGAAAGUUGAACAGCACAUUGACUUGCUUGUGAAUCAUCUUGCUGAUUGGUUGGAAGAGGAGCACGGAAAGAACCUGGUGUUUCACACUUUUAGCAAUACUGGAUGGUUAACUUAUGGAGCUAUUCUGGAGAAGUUUCAGAAGCAUGAUUCUUCUGUAAUGGGAAGGAUUAAGGGCUGCAUUGUAGAUUCUGCCCCUGUUGCAGCUCCUGACCCUCAGGUCUGGGCAUCAGGCUUCUCUGCAGCCUUUUUGAAAAAGAACAGUGUAGCAACAAAAGGAUUGGCAACCUUGGACAGCACAGGGAUGGAAGUACCAAUCAGCAGUAAGGAAGAUAUCGUACCUAAACCUGCAGUUACUGAAGCAGCACUUCUAUUAGUUUUGGAGAAGAUUUUUGGUGUUGUUUUGAAACUACCGACCGUGAACAGGAGGCUAUCUGACGUGUUGGACACGUUAUCAUCGUCACAACCAAGCUGCCCUCAACUGUAUAUCUACAGCUCAGCAGAUCGCGUUAUCCCAGCCGAUUCUGUGGAAUCAUUCAUCAAAGAGCAACGACAAGCAGGACGAGAGGUUAGAGCUUGCAAUUUUGUGUCCACCCCUCAUGUAGAUCAUUUUAGGAAUGACCCAAAACUAUACACUUCUCAGCUUAGUCAGUUUUUAGCAGACUGUGUGCUUACUUGUUGUAGAGAGUCCCGUUAGCUCAAAUUUGAGUUGGUCGCUCACCAUUUUACCCGAUUCUUUUCUUCUUUUUAUACAACAUUGUUCGUUCUUGUAUACAUGUGAGAGCAUGCAAAAAGCCAACAAUUCAUUAGUUUUCAAUAUAGAUCACUGUUCAAUUGUA